UUUAAAAAGCUGUUUUCUGGUUUUUACUAGUGCACUAGACGUCUGACCUCCAUCGCCAUGAUGAUGCUUCAGCUUACGGUCUUUGUAUUUCUGUCAAAUAUACUUUCCUUUGGUUGUGUGGACAUUUAUCCGAUCCAGACCUUCGACAACAGCACAUUUAACCACACCAAACGGUCGUUUGCUGAUGGUAGAACAAAUUACCCAAUCCCUUACACUGGGGAAAUUCGUUUUCCAAUGUACGACGGAAAAGAGGUUAUCAUUGAAGGAGUGAGAACGUCUUCAUCGAACAGGUUUAUAGUUGCGCUGUGCGAGAGUGCUAACUGCAACGCUGACCAACAAAUGCAUAUGAGUGUUCGGAAGAACACCGGAAAAAUUCACAUUAGUUCUAAAAGAAACAACAUGUGGGGACCGGAGUACACGUUUGAAGCCGCGUCACUAAUGACUGGAACUGAAAUUAGGAUAAAACUUAUAAUACAUGACAUCAAGAUUAAGAUUUACUUUAAAGACGUUUUCCUUACAGACUUAAGUCUACGAGGUGUAAACAAACAAACAAUUAAAUACGUAUCAGUGCGUGAGAGUAUUUUUGUGGAAUGGAUACUGUACAGUAUAACCUUUCCUGGUUCCACACUUCCUGUUAAAAGAUGGCCGGCUGGAGAAAAGAUAAUCAUUAGAGGAACACCAACAAGGAACACUCUGUUUUCGGUCGACUUGGCAUGUAUUGGGGGAGGAAAAUCUGAUCUUGCAGUGCUCUUUAGAGUUGGAUUUGUCGAUGGUAUCAACGUGAACACUGUAUUUAUAAAUCACCGAUUUAACGGUGAAUACGGGGCGUUAGCAAGUAUAAAAACAGACUUCCCCUUUCAAGUCAAUGUUCCUUUCACGAUGGUGUGGGUGCUACGACCACCUCUCUUGCAGAUUACAGUUACUAAAGCUGGGAGUUCUGGCACAAAAGAUUAUUCCAAGACCAACCUAAAUUCAUGCUAUAACCAGAUAGAACAUUGGGGGAGAGUGACAAUGUCUCAGUUUCAUAUGACUUAAACAUAUUUUUCUUCUUGUCAACAAAUGAGUUUGCAUAAAGGAAAUGAAACUAAUGCUGUUGCUUCAUUUUUUUGAAGUUUAAAUUUAUAAAUAGAACGAAACAAAAAAGUCCA